AUGAACAAUAUUAUAUUCAAAGAUUCAAUUCUAUCAAUUUAUUUUUUUAUAUUAUGGAUUAAUGCUGAUGAAUUUCAUGUUGUUUCUCCAGGACCAUGUCUACAAGAGGGUGAUGCAUACUGUAUGCGACGUGUUGCUAAUAGUAUGUGUUCAACAGAGAAAAAUGAAUGUUUCUGCAAACCUGGCUAUGUGUCAAUACAAGAAAAUUAUGGAAUCACUUGUAAAACAUUGUUAACAAAUUUAAAGUGUCAGGUGGACAGUGAUUGUGUACAUGUAGUGAAUAGUGUAUGUCAUCCAGGAGCAGGAUAUUGCGCUUGCCCUAGUGGAACAAUUUAUGUAUCUCAGGAUAAUGCAUGUCGGCAAUCCGCAGAGAAUAGUCAAAAUCCAUUCUGUUUGAAAUGUCGACAAGCCAAUGGAGUUUGUUAUCAUUAUUCUUCUACUUCUCAUUUAUUGAAUCCAACAGAAAUUAAACAGUAUAAACGUUAUGAAUAUAAAAAUAGUCAUUUAAUUCCUUUCAACAGUCAUGUAGAUGUAAUGUUUAAAGAAAUUUCGAAAUAUUCUGAAGAUGGAGAGACGUAUGGAUGCAGUUGUCCACAUAAUACUGGCAUGUUAGCUUCAUUUUCAACUAGUGAUUUUGAAGAAAAUGUAAAUCAAACUCAUUUACAAGAACAUCAUAUUUCUAUGCCAUUCAACAAACUUGAUGACAAUAUGUCAUUGUCAACAUAUCAGAUUGUACAAAAACAAUUUCCUCAGUGGUAUUUUUGUAAAGCAAUGAUGGUUGAUCUAUGGGAAUAUUGUAAUAAUAUUGAUUUAUUAUGUCGAACUAAAAAUGCUCAUUGUGUCCAAUCGGACAAUCAAUCUGAAUUGAUUCGAUUUUCAUGUCAAUGUAAACCGGGCUAUUUGGCUGUUUAUCAAAAUCAUUUAAAUUAUUAUGAAUGUUUUCGUCAACUCGAAGCGAAUCAUUCCAGCUGUUCAUCAUGUAUUCAUUCAAAUGGAAAAUGUUAUACAAUGAAUGAACAAGCCAUUGAAUCAACGAUCGGUUGUUUAUGCCCAAAUAAUCUUCAAUCAAUAAUAACAUCUUCAUUACAGUCUAGCUCAAUACAGCAUACAAAUAAAAUUAUUGCUACUACUACUACUAAUAAUAAUAUUAAUAAUAAUCAGAUCAUAAGUAACAAUAUUAAUAUUAAUAAUAAUAACAACAAUGAUAAUAUUAAUAUUUUGCAGAAUAAUUAUAAAUCUAUGCUGUCACAAACAACUACAACAACUGCCAUGGAAUAUGAAACAUGCGGAGAAAAUUUAGUUCAUGUAUUCUGUCAACGACAUUUAUUGGAAAUCUGCUUUUUACCAAUCAAUCAAUCGCCAUAUGAAAAUUUAGCAGAAAAUUUACAAUUACAUCGUACAAUAGCAUUUAUUACAAAUUUAACAGUUUAUCGAAAAUUUAUGGAUACUUGUACAUUGGACAUAAAAAAUCAUGGUGUACAACAUAAACAAUGGAAUCGUACACUAUUGAAGUAUGAUAAGUCACAACAGAUUUGGUGUAAAACCAUUGACUGGAGACAAGAAAUAACAAAUAUACCAUGUGGUAUUACUGUUACUGAAUAUAUGACUGGAGACUUGUAUACAGGUUAUUUGGCUAUAGUCACAAAUGAAGAAUAUCGUAAUCAUGAAAUUGAUCUUUUGUUUCAAUUUACUUGCAAAACAAAUAAUGAUGUGCCUCACAGAGUACCUGGACAAGUUUUUGAAAGAAAUAUUCAAAUUAACAGACAAGAUCUAUUUGAUGAUUCACCAUGGCCUAAACUUGAUGUGAAAUUUACUGUAAAAGAUGAAAAUGGCCAAUCUGUACAAACAAUACUAGAAUCAACUUCAAUUAGAUUAGACGCUGAAUUAAUUGAUGAACUAAAUAUUUACAAAGCUAUAACUGUUGAAGAAUGCUACAUGAUAGACAGGAUAAAAUCUGGUCAGAGAAAUGAAGAUUCAAAAGAAACUCUUUUAUCAUACAAAAGUUGCCCAGUUCCACAAACCGAAUUAAACAGUAGAUCAACUAUUGGAUUCAAUUUUCAAACAAAUCGAUAUGACAAUGAAAAAGUGUUAAUAUUUCGACCGACUGAUAAUCUACAUCAUUUACAAACUGGUUUAUUUCGUUUAUUUUCAAAUAAUCCAUUGCCAAUUGAAUCAGCAAUGACAGAAGUAUUGGAUAAAACAAUAACAGCUACAACAAAAUCAACAACCGGCACGAUUAGUACAAAUAAAAUAAGCGAAAAUUUUACAUUGAAUGAUGUCAGCAGAACAAUGAAAUUAACUGAUCAACAAAUGAACAUAUUAGAUGAGACAUAUAAACGAAAAUUGAGUGAAAUUGGACAUAGAUUACAUGAAUUAAAAUUCACUUGUAUAUUUCGUGUAUGUAAACAGUUAGCAUGGUGUUCUUGGCCUUCCGCAUGUGAUUCAACUGUAUCAACUUUGAACAAUCCUAGAAUUACGUUUUUACCGCCAAGUCUACGAAUCAUACAACGUUCUACACCAUUAUACUUAAUUGAAAGCAUUCCAGGUAGUCAUUUGCCAGUGAAAAAACAAGUUGCAUCAAAAAUUUGUAAAGAGUUAUUUUGCUCAAAUACAAUACAUAUGAUAUUAAUAAUGGGUUUAGUCGGUAUAUUAACUUGUUUAAUGGGUGUUAUGGGUAUGUUGUUAGCUCGUAAAUAUCGUCAUCAAUUAAAUCAAACAAGAAAUACAUUUAUACAAUCAAAAUCAAUGGCGAAAAAGAAUCAUUGUUCACCGCAUAGCGAAACAAAUUUACAAUAUUUAAUACAUAAUCCACAAUGUCAAUCAGAUCAACAAAUUGAUAGUGAAAUAUUAAAAAAUCUUUUAACAAAUGAUCAUCAUAUCAAUAAUACUCAUACUAGUACUAAUACUAAUACUAAUAAUAAUCAUGAUCAUUUAUAUGCAUUGAAUAUAAAAGAUUGUUGUAAACAUUGGUUAAAUGAACAUUGUUAUGCUAAUCCUUUAUUGUUACGAAGAUCACCAACUUUUGAUUUGUCUUUGUAUCAUCAACAUCAGCAACACCAACAACAGCAGCAACAACAUCCACUUUAUCAACAUUCACAAGGUCAUCAUCACCAACAACAACAGUCAUUGCAACAUCAACUCCUGCAACAACCAUCACAAAUGUCCACAUCCUCUUUAUUAAUGAAACCAAAUCAAUGUUCUUGUUUCAAUGAGACAUUAUUUAAUGAUAAUAAAAUAAUGCAAAAUAUGCAUAAUAUUUAUACAUUGAAAAGUGGUUACACCACAUUACCAAUAACAACAAUGAGAGCAGCAGCAACAACAACAACGGUGACAUCAAACACAUUUACAUCAUUUAAAUCAACAGGGAAUUUUAGUCAAGAUGAUAAUUAUGCAUUGAUGAAUAGGACAACUAUAGCAACAUUUCUGUUAGAGCCAACACAUAUAAUGAUGAGUAGUAAUACUACUACUACUACUACUACUACUACUGCCACUGUUACUACCAAUCAUGAUAAUACACAUAAGUGUAACAAUAAUAAUACUGUAAAUACAAUAAGUACUAUUCAUGAAUUGAUACCGACAUCAUAUCCUACAACACUUUUAAGUAGUAGCAGUAGUAGUAGUGGUAUGAGUAAUAAUAAUAAUAAUAAUAAUAAUAAUAAUAAUAAUAAUAAUUGCAGUAAUAAUAUCAAUUCAAUAAUUUAUUGUUCAGAUCAACUGGUCAAUUGUUAUCCACCUUCCUCAUUAAAAUUUCACAAUACUGUUGAACAUAAACAACAUGAAUUGUUUCGAGAUGGUGUAGUUGUAUUUCAAGAAAACCAUUCUAUGAAUUCGAACAAUAAUGAGAUGAUAAAUGGUAAUCGAAAUUAUACACUUAAAAAUUUAUCAUUUACCAAUGAUAAAUUCGAUAAUUCAUCAUUGCACCAAUCACCAUUAGCACUACCACAGCCACAACCACAACCACAACAACAUUAUCAAAAAUUGUCUAGUUUAAAUGAUACAAUUUAUUUUGGUAUAGAUUAUCAUAAUUCUUAUAAUUGUACAUUGAAUCCAUCAGCCAUAGAAUCGACAUUAUGUUCUAAUGAAUCACAACAAAAUUAUCCACGACCAAAUUUGAAACAACCAUCGUUGGGACAACAACAACAGCACUUGGCAAGUUAA